CACUCCAGUUCAUAACAUAAAAAAGUGCCAUUAAAAACCUCUAAAAUGUGCCAUUAAUCCAAUAAAUUCAGCAUCUUUAUUGCAAAUCUUCAUGUAAAAUGAUGAGGGUGGAAGAGAAGAGAUUGUAUUCCAUGUUUCCAAAAGCAGUAAUCUUUUGAUUUUUCCGGGAGUUCGAAGAACACGAAUCGAAGUCGACGAGAUUCGGUUCCUUAAAAUCCUCAAGAUUCACAAUGCCAGUUCCUCUUGCUCCAUAUCCAACUCCUCCACCACCAUUUACACCACCUGCAACUGGUUCGGAAAGCCAACUAGUGUGUUCGGGAUGUCGAAAUCUUCUACUUUAUCCGAUCGGCGCAACCUCCGUUUGUUGUGCCGUUUGCAAUUCGGUCACUGCCGUUCCUCCCCCUGGUACCGAAAUGGCACAAUUGGUAUGUGGAGGUUGCCACACUUUGCUCAUGUACAUUCGUGGAGCGGCAAGCGUACAAUGUUCGUGUUGUCACACUAUCAAUUUGGCGUUAGAAGGAAAUCAAGUCGCACAUGUCAAUUGCGGAAGUUGUAGGAUGCUACUGAUGUACCCGUACGGUGCACGGUCUGUGAAAUGUGCAGUUUGCCAAUUCAUCACCGCUAUUGGGGUUUCAGCAAGCAGUAUGGAACAGAAGUUCAUCGCGUAAACCUGAUGGCAGCGUUUCUCCUUGCCUACGUCUAUAGAG